AUGUUGGAGAGGGAGGAGGAGACUGGCAAAAUGUCGAACGAUUGCGGUGCAUCAAAGUUCAAGAACGUGAUGCCGCACGAGACCCCGGAUCUAAAGGAGGACUACGUGGUGGAGCAGAAGGUGCUGGGAAAAGGGCACUUGGCCACCACGUACGUGUGCACCCACAAGGCUACAGGGAAGACUUACGCCUGCAAAACAAUCCCAAAGGCGAAGCUGUUUAGCCAAGAGCAGUACGAUGAUGUCUGGAGGGAGAUUCAGAUCGUGAACCAUUUGUCCGAGCACCCCAACGUGGCCAGGAUACAGGGGAGCUAUGAGGACAAGUUUGCCGUGCACCUUGUGAUGGAACUGUGUCGUGGAGGUGAGCUUUUCUAUAGGAUCACUCAGAAGGGACAUUUCAGCGAACGAGAGGCUGCCAAGUUGAUGAAGACCAUUGUUGGGGUGGUAGAGGCUUGCCACUCUCUUGGGGUCAUCCAUAGGGAUCUCAAGCCUGAGAAUUUCUUGUUUGAUACCCGUGCCACUAAUGCUACCAUCAAGGUCAUCGAUUUUGGCUUCUCUGUCUUCUUUAAGCCAGGACAAACCUUCAGUGAUAUAGUAGGAACUUGCUACUAUAUGGCCCCGGAGGUGUUGCACAAACAAUCUGGACCAGAAGUGGAUGUUUGGAGUGCAGGUGUUAUUCUGUACACCUUACUUAGAGGGCUCCCACCUUUCUGGGCAAGAACCGAAUCAGGAGUUUGCAAACAGAUUUUGCAUGGAGAGCUUGAUUUUUCAUCUAAUCCGUGGCCAAAUAUAUCAGGAAGUGCUAAAGAUUUGAUAAAAAAGAUGUUGGAUAAAGACCCUAAGAAAAGAAUUUCUGCUCAUGAAGUCUUAUGUCACCCUUGGAUUGUUGAUGAUAGUGUUGCCCCGGACAAACCUCUGGACCCUGCUGUUUUAACACGCCUAAAGCAUUUCUCAACAAUGAAUAAACUUAAGAAGAUGGCGUUACGUGUCAUAGUAGAAAGACUUUCAGAGGAGGAAAUAGGUGGAUUAAAAGAGUUAUUUAAAAUGAUUGAUGAAGACAAUAGUGGGACUAUCACUUUUCAGGAACUCAAGGAUGGUUUGAAAAGUGUGGGAUCUAAUCUCGUUGAGUCUGAAAUUAAAUCCCUUAUGGAUGCGGCUGAUAUAGACAACAAUGGAACAAUAGACUAUGGUGAAUUUCUCGCAGCUACACUGCACUUGAAUAAGAUGGAAAGAGAAGAGAAUUUGGUUGCUGCUUUUUCCUAUUUUGAUAAAGAUGGUAGUGGUUACAUCACCAUUGACGAGGUUCAACAGGCUUGUACAGACUUUGGCCUUGGUGUUUUGCAUCUGGAUGAGAUGAUCAAAGAGAUUGAUCAAGACAAUGAUGGGAGAAUUAAUUAUGGGGAGUUUGUAACAAUGAUGAGAAAGGGUGGUGAUCCAUGUGUUGGUAGAAGCAGAAACACGAAUGGCAACCUUAAAACUUCAUUAUUGAAUGGUUUAGGAGUGUAA